CCUUGGUUGUCGAGACGGUCUCCCCUUUCCUCCCACCGACUUGUACUAAAGGACACGGUUCGGCAGGUGGCCCUUUCGAAGGGUUGUGCUCCUACGGGUGCAACUUUGGUUACUGCCCGUCAAAUAUUUGCACUUGCGACCUAACCGGAGCUCUCAACGCUCCACCGCCAGUGAUUAGGGACACGGUGGGCUUUCCCGUAGAUUCGGCGCCCAAUGACUACGGGCUGUGCGAUUUCGCCUGCCCAAGGGGUUACUGCCCUCCCGGGUCCUGUAACGAGAGGCCAAGGAUCGGCGGGGGAGUUUCGGGGGAGCCCGACCAGUCCAGCUCCACGGCUGAAAGCACCGCGACGCACACCACGAUGCACAGCGUCACGGCGACCACAGACCCCUACAGUACCUCGCAUCCCGCUUCCGUCACUCCCGUCACUACCUCUGCCAACCCCGGCCCAAGCGUGAGGCCGCUGACGCGCGACCCCAUCCGCUGCUUCAACGGGGCCGACUUCCCGGACCGCGGUGAGAUUAACUCCGACUACCAGGACAGCUUCGCGCUCUACUUUGGCGACCUCAACGACGGCACCAUCAGGCCGGGCGACGCGCCGAUUAAGUCGCGAGGCAAAGAUAACAACGGGGUGAACUAUGAUUAUAGCGUCGAGUGGGUUGGUGGCUGUGUCACCACGGUCGAGAAGCAGAGCUUCCGUUACCCAUUGGGGACGUCGCAGAGCCUAACUGCUUACGUUCUUGUCAGAGAGGAUUAUACGAAGUGUAAGUGGCUCUGUCUUUACUGAUUGUGCUUCGAAAAUUGGCACGAUGCUGACGGUUCUUCUUUUUGUCCAGGCAAUAACGGCGGGGUUGGUGGCUCAUGCCAGGUUGGUUGUUUGUUGUACACCUUCGAGGGCGGGCGAGGCGAUUAACAGCCUGGUUUUUGUGAUGGGUUGAGUUGUGAGGAUUCAAUGCAGAUCGCUGUUUAGCCUUGCGGAGGCUUCCGAAUCGCAGGCGUCAUGUCACCAUUUUUGCCCAGCAAUCAGAAGUCGUCACUUUGUGGUGAGGUAAAAGGGUGGGAUUGUUCCCGAUCAUCUGGAGCAGUAUUAAUCGAGAUAAGCUACCGCAUUGGAUUAGGUUUAUAAUAAGUUACGCUUGGAGAUAGCGGCUUUACAAAUCUUUGCGAGGAGUCGAUGACUUGAGGUUCUUUUUCU